AUGGAGAGGGGAUUUGGUGGUGAAAAGCUUCAUGCAUUGGUUGUGCCAUUUCCUCUACAAGGUCACAUAAAUCCCAUGCUCUAUUUCGCUCACAAGUACGUCUCCCAUGGAUUUCUCGUAACAUUCGUACAUAGCGAGCACAACCACUCGCGCAUAAUGGAAGCAAAGGAGAAGAUGAAAUUGGAAGAUGCAAAUAAAGAUAAAAUUAGAUUGGUGAGUAUAUCCGAUGCCCUUGCCCCGGAGGGAUCGCGUUCAGACGUCCCCAAACUAUUCGACUCAUUGAAAGACAGGCUCGCUUCUUCCCUGCAUAGACUCAUUCAGGACAUCAACGAAACCAAAGGGCAUGGGAUUACGUGCGCUGUUUUUGAUCUCAGUCUGUAUUAUGUUCGGCAUGUCGCCAAGAAUUUGGAUAUUUCAUAUGCUCUGUUUUCUACUGUCUCUGUUGCCACUUGUGUCGUUUGCCAGCAAUCCUCCACCUUGAUCUCUUCCGGAAUCGUGUCUCCCAAUGGAACUGCGACGGUGGAUAAGAUGAUCAACGUUCUACCCUUUAUGCCGCCUCUAAGUUCCACCAAGUUAGUGUGGAUGUAUGGGAGCGAAGAUCAGAUCAAGAAAAACCUGGAGACGAUUCUCGAUGUAGCGAAUGAAGUUCGGGAGGAGCUCAUUGCAGGGCAAUUUGCGCGCGGAGGAGGUGGAGUGUCUGGGUUGGCUAGACAAGCAGCCCUGCUAGUCUGUGAUAUACGUGUCCUUUGGGAGCUUGGCGAUAUUGAACGCGAAGCAGUUCCAAGAACUGGCUGCGGGGCUGGAGGCAACCGGCAGACCGUUUCUGUGGGUCGUAGGCUCGUUACCUCCCGGAUUUGCUCAACGAGUUGGAGAUCGCGGUUCCUCAACUGUACUUACAUUGUCAAUGAGUGGAAAAUUGGGUUGGAAUUGAUUGCAAAUGGAGAUGGAUUAGUAGAAAAAGGGGAGAUCUUGAAUGAUGUGGAAAAGCUAGUGGUGGGUGAGGAAGGUGUCAACAUAAAGAAAAGAGCGACACUGCUGAGGGAAAGGGCGAGGGAGUCUGUCAAACCAGGCCACUCGUCAUCGAUUAACUUUAAUCUGGUAGUAGAGACCCUGCUAAGCAAGCGAUUAUAG